AUGACAGAUGACCUGGUCCAGCGCAAGGACCAUGAUCACAAACAUGGAACGGCGGUAGCGUCUUCAGCAGCGCCGUCUUCGCCCUUACGAACGGGUGCCAAGCCACAGGAGGACGACAGGAUCUCGAGAUCCUCUGCAGAAAGUGACAAUGGCUCCUACGAGGAUCCUGCCUUCCGACCCGCGCAGCUGGAGCGAGCUGUCACAACCGCCUCCAGCAUCCCGCCACCAUAUUCCAUCUUCAGUCGCCAGCAAAAGCUGUUCAUCGUAGUCAUGGCCUCUUGGGCUGGCUUCUUCUCCCCUAUCUCAGGGCAGAUCUAUCUGCCAGCUCUCAACACUCUCGCUCGGGAUCUCCACGUCUCCAAUGCCUUGAUCAACUUGACCUUGACGUCCUACAUGAUCUUUCAAGGGUUAGCACCAGCGUUCAUUGGGGAUCUUGCCGACAGUAUGGGUCGCAGGCCAGCAUACGCCGUCUGUUUUGUCGUCUAUAUCGCCGCAAAUAUAGGCCUUGCCUUACAAAACAGUUAUGCGGCCCUUUUUGUCCUCCGGUGUCUCCAAUCUACCGGCUCCAGUGGCACCAUCGCCAUGGCCUCCGGUGUAGUUGCCGACAUAGCCACAGCAUCAGAACGUGGGGCCUACAUGGGUUAUACCCUCGCAGGCAGUCUACUGGGACCUGCCAUAGGCCCUGUGCUCGGAGGCGUCCUCAGUCAAUAUCUUGGCUGGCGUGCCAUCUUCUGGUUUCUGACGAUCAUGGGUGCUGCCUUCUUCAUCACGUUUGCAAUCUUCUUCCCCGAAACCGCCCGCACCCAAGUGGGUGAUGGAUCUAUACCACCGUCCAGCUACAAUAUGUCUCUCAUGAACUAUUUGGCCGUGCGGAAAGCCCGGCGCUCCCAAUCAGAGGGCGACAUUCCACCACCAGACACUUCUCGAUUUCCUGCUCGGCCAAAAGCUCACUUCCCGAAUCCUCUGUCCUCAUUGCGCCUAGUCUUCGACAAGCUGAACGCCUGCCUCCUCUUCUACAACGCUUUCCUCUUCUCCGCAUUCUACCAAGUCUCCUCGUCCAUUCCUUCCCAGUUCGCCGCCAUCUAUCACUUUGACGAUUUUCAUCUUGGUCUCUGCUUCAUCCCCUAUGGUUUGGGGGCCAUUCUAGCUGCCCUUAUCAACGGCCAACUGCUCGACCGCAAUUUUGCCCGAUGGGCCGCCCGUUUCUCGAUUCCGCUCCGGCCCGGUCGUCAAACAGAUCUGACACACUUCCCGAUCGAGAAGGCUCGCCUGCAGAUAGCACUGCCUGCCAUAUACACGACAAUCGGGCUUAUUCUCGCGUUUGGAUGGGUUCUUGACGCUGAAGGCCCACUCGCCGCACAGCUUGUAAUACUUUUCUUCCAAAGCUUGACCAUGAGCAUGGCGUUCAAUGUGACCAGUACUUUGAUCGUGGAUUACUACCCUGGCCGCUCCGCAACAGCGACGGCGGCGAAUAAUCUGGUGCGUUGCCUCCUGGGAGCGGGCGCUACGGCGGCGAUCGUGCCUAUGAUCGAAUCUUGGGGUAGGGGACCGGCGUUCAGUGCACUGGUGGCGUUCCUGCUGGGCACCAGUCCGAUGGUCUGGAUUGUGUUCUUCCGAGGGCAAAGAUGGAGGGAGGAGCGGAGGGUCAGAGAAGAGGAGCGGGAGAAGGAGAAGUCGCAAGCUGCCCUUGGCGAGGAAGGGACGGCCAAUCCGAGCGAAAAACAGCCGGUACUGUCUGAAGGCCAAACCCACGGAGUGGCAGCAUUGGAAGGGGACAAGCAGCAAGUUCGAGAUCGAGAAGGAAAGGAACGAGUAUUAUAG